AGUAACGGAUUCUAUCGUAAUCCCAAAAUAAUAAACUAGGGUUUCUACAAACUUCAACUAUUAUAUUUUAUCACAAUAAAUUCUUGCAAGCGCUCGGUUGGAGUUCAUCCGCGUCAGAGUUAUUUGCUCUGCAAGCAACCAAUUUCAUUCCAUUACCUAUCUCCUUAAAAUACCUGAGCUCAUAUGCCAACUGCUCGUCAAUUGUGUUUUCAGCGCUUUACUGAUCUGAUAGAAGAACUACCUACUCAAAAACAGCUCAAGAUCGGUGUUUUAGGGUUUGGAAAAAAGGAGAAAGCGUAGCAGAUAACGAUGGGCGGCGGUGGCUUUGGAGGGAUGCAAUCAGCUUCUUGCAAAGCUGAAGAAAAAGACGGGCUUUUGGAGAACAUAUGGAUUCGAUUUCUUGCCGGAGGUUCUGAAAGAUCCUGUAUAACCUCAGAUGUGCAAACUCCGGCUUCAGACCUUGCAGAGGAGGAGGGAGUAAUCAUCAGCUCUUUUAAAGAAAAUCAAAUCUCUGUGGAAGGAAAUAGGGGAGAUCAGAUUGAGUUGCCAUUGCAGCAGCGAUCAGAAUUCAAUUAUGGUGGAUUGUCAUCAGUAGAAGAUGUUGAAACCCUUGCAUACCUUGAAGAACAGAGAAGAUUGCCAUCAGUUGGAAAUCCGGAACAAUUGAUGCUUACUCCUGUGGCGGCAAAGGUAAGGAACUCAAAAAUUGAAGAAUCCGCGCAUUUAAAUGUGAGUUCCGCCAUUCCUGAUAAGAAAGCUGCAAUUUUGCCGAAGCAGGGUGGAAUAGAAAAGCAUUACAGAGGGGUCCGGAGGCGUCCAUGGGGGAAAUUUGCAGCGGAAAUAAGGGAUUCAACGAGGCAAGGGACGAGGCUUUGGCUGGGCACUUAUUCUACUGCAGAAGCGGCAGCCAUGGCGUACGACAAAGCUGCUUUGAAAAUGAGGGGGCCUGGAACAUUCCUCAACUUUCCAGUUGAAAUUGUGUGUAGGGCUUUGGCGCAUGACCUCAAUUCGGGAACCGCCGUCUCUCUCCCCUGUGCGGGUACUUUCCAUGAUAAUAUGUGCAGAAAAAGAGGGUCUUUGGAAGAGGAGCAGCAGCCACAGAUGAAAAGAUUCAAAAUUCAGCCACAAAUUUGGACAUGUGAUAGCGUUGGUGAUGAUAUUUUGGGCUUAUUCGAAUUGGAGGGAACAGACAUGGGUACGGAUUAUUGGGAGGAAUUGCUUCUUUCUGCUGAAACUAACGAAUCCCUGCGCUUGUUAAAUCCGUUAAUGGCUAUUCCACUGGGAUGUAUUAAUACAUCGUAAUUUUUAUAUUGGUGGAUUUUGGAG